ACUCCUUUACUCCUACCACCCGAUGCUGUUCUGAGCUCUUGUUUUUGCGGUCUAGCGGCCGCCUUCCUCUCCUUUCGUUUGUCUUAUCCAACGCAGUUCCAGUCUAGUCCCCUAAAACUGAAUAGUUCGGGUGCCCUGUUUCGCGCGGCGUGAGAGAUGGCGCCUUCUUCCACCAUCUCGGAUAUCGUCGGCGCGCCAUUGCAGCUGGUCUGGUUUCUGUAUGACGUCGCCGCCGAAACCUCGACUCCUACUCUAUUUCUAAUCGCCGUGUCGGCUGCUGGACUUGCUUUUGGACUUAUAUACAUCGUCCUGCACAUAGUUGCGCCCAAGCCUCGCCUCCCGUACCCAUCCGAAAAGACUUACAUCACCACCAACCCCGAUGGCACCAUCAGCAAGCCCCGACCGCUGCCCUGCUGGUACGACCGUUGGCACGCCGAGAGCCGUCUGAAGGAACAAUCCUCCUCCUCAACAACAGCCUCCUACCCGACCAUCCCCGCCGGCUUCCCGGUCCCCGACUUCGGCACUGUCGAGCCCGCCGAAGUCGAGAUCAGCGUCGUCAUCCCCGCCUACAACGAAGCUGACCGGCUCAACCCCACUCUUGAAGAGAUGGUCGCCUACCUCGACGAACACUUUGGCCGGCCCGCAAUUUCCGGUCCCGGCUCCCGUCCCACCUCCAAGGGAACCGGCACGCCCAAGCCGCACCGCAACGUGUUUAAGGACGCCUCCGCCCACAAGCGCCAGCACCCGCCCUCGGGCUACGAGAUCCUCCUGAUCAACGACGGCAGCACCGACCGCACCGUUGACGUCGCCCUCGAUUUCUCGCGCCAGCACAACCUGCACGACAUACUUCGUAUCGUCACUCUGGAAAAAAACCGGGGUAAAGGCGGCGGCGUCACACACGGCCUCCGCCACGUGCGCGGCGAGUACGCCGUGUUCGCCGACGCCGAUGGAGCCUCGCGCUUCGGUGACCUGGGCAAGUUAAUAGAGGGGUGCGAGGACGUGGUCGACGGGUCCAACCGGGGCGUGGCCAUUGGCAGCCGCGCGCACCUCGUUGGCAGCGAAGCUGUCGUCAAGCGCUCAGCCGUCCGUAACUUUCUGAUGCGCUCGUUCCACUUUGUGCUGAUGAUCCUCACGCCGCCGGCGACGAGCCGGAUCAGGGAUACGCAGUGCGGGUUCAAACUGUUUUCCAGGGCGGCGCUGCCUCAUAUUGUGCCGUAUAUGCAUACGGAGGGAUGGAUCUUUGAUAUCGAGAUGUUGAUGCUGGCUGAGUCGGCGCCGGCUACCCCUGUUCUGGCAAGCGAUGGGAGUGUCAUUGGCACGAGCUAUGGGAUAAAGGUGGCCGAGGUGCCGAUUGGGUGGCACGAGGUGGGUGGGAGCAAGAUGAAUCUGGUCAAAGAUAGUGUCAAGAUGGCGAUCGGCUUGGCGGUGUUGAGGGCUAGUUGGAUGCUGGGAGUGUAUAGGAGACGGCUUGCUUGAUUUGGCAGUUCGAAAUAGCUAGUUGCUUUGGCCACUGGAGCGGUGUCUUUUUAUUUUAUUUUAUUUCUUCCCCUCCUAUGACCCUUGGAUAUAUCUUGGACAUCUUGCAGACUUCCGGUUUCCGGAUACCUCGGUCGCUUAGUCAUUCAUACCAAUGCAUUUCCUCAAUUUUCGCUUUUCUUUCGAGCCUCCCUCCUGAUGAAGGCGUAAAAGGCUGGGCAAAAGAAUCAGGCGAGCGAGAGGGCGGGGUUGUAUUUCA